CCUUACCUUUUUAAAACAUGAACUGUUCGCCACCAGAAUUCGUUAUCUAACGAAUGAUUCGGCUCAUGCAAAAUCAAUGUCAUUUGUUGUAACCUUCGGGGGGGAGAAUUCGAACGGGAAAAAUCUUCAGUUUUAGUCAGAAAAAUGUCGAAAAUUUACGUGAAAACCAUAGAUGCGGUCGACAAGGUCGUUCCUAAACCGUUAAGGCCUCUUUGGAUGCACCCAGCAGGACCAAAAACGAUAUUUUUCUGGGCUCCUAUCUUUAAAUGGGGGUUGGUACUGGCAGGCCUGGCGGAUUUGAACAGGCCAGCUGAAAGCAUCAGCAAACCGCAAACAUUCGCUUUAUUCGCGACGGGAGUCAUAUGGUCGAGAUAUUCCAUGGUGAUUAUUCCGAAAAAUUAUUCGUUAUUCAGCGUAAACGUGUUCGUGGCCGGUACGCAACUCUACCAAUUGCACAGAUCUUUUCAGUAUUCGAGAAGUUUAAAACAAAAAUCUCAACUUUAGUUAAAUUUUUAAAUAAAUAAUUUAUUUCUAGGUAAUAUUGGAUUUCUGGAAAUUUUACAUCCAGAUUAGGGUUUUUUGUAUAAAAGUGACUUGUAAAUAUAUACGUAUAUGUAAAGAAUAUUUUUAUAAAAAUGUACAAAUACAUUUAUUCUUUAA